AUGGCGAGUUUGUGCAGAAGGCAGCAAUGCACGAUAGAGAGGCGCGGCUUUCGGCAGGAGCUUGACUCGUGGAGGCACAAACUCAUUCACUGUGUAGGCUUUGAAAGCAUCCUGGAAGGCUUGUUUGGGCCAGGACUAGUCAGAGAUAUCACACUUUUUCAAGACUGCGAGCCCGAGGGAGUGUCUGACUGGUCCUUUGACGAAAACUGCCUCUUCUGCUGCUUUCGACGCGAGACGGUAAAGGAGCACGUGGUGGGGAACGGCAGAGGCAGCCAGGUGCUGUCUGAGUGUGAAGACUACAAACAGGAGCAGUUCAAGAUCAGCCGGCUGGAGAGACAGGCCCAAGUCUUCCUCAAUGCUGUGUUCCUCAGAAAAGAGCUCCCAGGUUUCUCAGACCCUCACAUACCACUAGUGGCUCGUGAGAUCAUGCAGCGAAUGAUCCGCCAGUUCGCUGCUGAAUAUACCUCAAAAACUACUCAGGACGACCCGCCCAUGCCCAACGGCAACAUCAAGGACCAAAGCCUGCCGAAAGCGCCCUCUCUGGCCCCGGCUCCGGCCCCGGCCCAGGCCCUGGCCUCUGGCACCCCCGGGACCCCACCGGGCCUGCUGGCCCCUCUGGCCUUGCCGGCACCCAGCUCGCCCUCAACCUCCUCCUCCCCUUCCCCAACCUUGGGGCUGGGCCUAAGCCCAAACUCCGCCGGCGCCGCCACCUCAGCGGCUCCUUCCGCCCUCAGCGGAAACGGUACAGAGACCGGUAACGGAGGGCCCGGAGCCGGGGGAGGUGCUGCUACCCCUGCUGCCUCUGCACAGAACCCCGUCCUCAGCAAGCUUCUCAUGGCCGACCAGGACGGCCCGCUGGACCUCACUGUCAAAAAGAACCACACUGACCUGGAGCCCAGUCAGCAGGAUGGUGUACUGGACCUUUCCACCAAGAAGAACCACAGCGUGAGCGGCGGUCUCCUCAAAACCUCUCCCAGCUUCUCCAGCGCGCCUGCGCCGGGGGUCAAAGGGUGCUCCCUUAGGUUGGACCGCACCAUCAGAGAGGUGGACGAGGAUGACAGCCCGCUGCCAAGAAGCUUGCAGGAUGGACUGAGGGACAACUAUGUCAGUUCCACCUCCCUCAAGCCUCCACUGGCCCGCUCAUUGCUUAUCAAAGAAGAACUCCUAAGCCAGAAGCAUCGCCUCCUGAGUCAGCCUGCGGCUCUGUCACUGGCUAAUCUGGAGUCAGCUGGUUUGCUUAACCAUGGGCAGUCUCACACCCUGCUGGGCCAGGAUGGGUCUCCCUCCCCCUGGGGGGGCAAGGCCCACUUUGACAGUCUGCUGAAGCUGAAGCAGGCCAGUGGAGCGCUGAGCGGGACCCUCAGUGACCUCAAAGAGCUGCCUAUGUUCCUGGAGAACCAUCACCACAACCACCACGGAGCCUUCUCUUCGAAGAGCUCCAUCCACCAUCAUCGCCACCACAGCCAGCUCUCGAAGGCCCACCACAACCAGGAGAGCAAGAGGGAGCAGGGCCACUCCCCUCCGGUGGACCUGAAGAUCCCCCAGGUCAGGGGCAUGGAUCUCUCCUGGGACUCCCAUGCCUCUGAGCUUUACGGAUACGGGGCCAUUGGGAUGGGGGGGGGCAGCAACACGGAGAACGCCCUUAGCCGUAAGCUGAGAGCUAUCCUGCCAAAGCAGAACCGCCGGGCAGGGCUGGGAGGAAGCCUUGGGGGUCUGCUGGAUGGGGCGGCCGACUACUGGAGCUCUGAUGUGGACCAUCCUACCUCUGGCCCGGCAUACUCUGCCUCCGAUGUGGAAGGAGACCCCGGUUCCAAGCAGCCAAGGAAGAAGAGGGGCCGCUACCGCCAGUACAACAGUGAGAUCCUGGAGGAGGCCAUAGCAGUGGUGAUGAACGGGAAGAUGAGCGUGUCCAAGGCCCAGAACAUCUAUGGGAUCCCACACAGCACCCUGGAGUACAAGGUGAAGGAGCGUAUGGGAACCCUGAAAAACCCCCCAAAGAAGAAGCUUAAGCUCAUGAUGAGGAUGGAAGGAGGAAGCCAGGACUCUGCCGCUGAGCUGGAGAACACACCCACCGCCACCCCGCGGGAAGAUGGACCACCUCUGGUGGCAGCUGCUGAACUCAAAGACGACUGA